GUCCUUCUCUGCCUGCGUCGCUCCGUCUCUACCGACAAGAACCGACCACCGGAGGGGGAAAAAACCCUGAAAUCCCGUCGAGCAGCGUCCAGACAGCCGGCGUUCCCGGAGCUAUGAUGGGGGGGAGGAGCAGCGCGAUCGCCGCGGGGGUGUGCGGGGCCCUGUUCGUCGGCUACUGCAUUUACUUCGACCGGAAGAGACGGAGUGACCCCGACUUCAAGAACAGGCUGCGGGAACGGAGGAGAAAGCAGAAAGCGGCGAAGGAGCGAGCAGGCAUGACGAAGCUCCCAGACCUGAAGGAUGCUGAAGCCGUUCAGAAGUUCUUCCUGGAGGAGAUUCAGCUGGGCGAGGAGCUGCUGGCUCAGGGAGACUACGAGAAGGGCGUGGACCACCUGACCAACGCCAUCGCCGUGUGCGGCCAGCCCCAGCAGCUGCUGCAGGUGCUGCAGCAGACUCUGCCGCCGCCCGUCUUCCAGAUGCUGCUCACCAAGCUGCCCAGCAUCAGCCAGCGUAUCGUCAGCGCACAGAGUCUCAGCGAGGACGAUAUAGAGUAACGGAGACGAGACGCAGCAGCCGAUCGCCGCUCCGUCUCACCGCCCAGCCGCCCGACGGGCUCUGGGGUGUGAGAGCCUUUCAGUUCAGAGGAGGGAGGUCGGAGUGUUUGCCUCGUCCCUCCAGGCCUCAGAAGCCCCCCUGUCCCUCGCUGGUGUCCCGGGGGACGCGUCACUCACUGUCCCUUCUGUCCGUCUGUCUUUGGUUUAGAUGUGGAGGCACUUUCGAAAAGUGCUGAUUUUUUUUGUUUAUUGAAAAAAGGAAAAAAAUCUCUGGUAAAAAUAAACUGACCCAACAAAGAAGA